AUGAUUCAGCUGUUUGGCUGCGGAGUAGAGGCUCGGCCGUUCAACAUAUUGAGGGCCGAUGCGCACAGCAGCGGGAGCUGGUGGGCCGAUGCGGCCUUCUGGGACGGGCUGGCCCUUGGGGCGGUGAAGCAAUCGGGGCCCAGCCCGGGCGUCGGGAACAGUUUCACCGAUGCUUCCAAUGAUGGCCCCAGUCCAGGAGUGGGGCACUGA